AUGGAGAAGUACUUUGGAAAUGCGUACAGGGGAGAUCCAGGAGUGCCGCACGCAGAUGCUGACCGGUUCGUCAACAUUUGGAUUGGCUCCGCUACUUUCUCCGUUCUCACCUGGUUCAAUCCUUACAUGUGGCAGCUCUCCAGCCAAUACAACUAUCAUGACAAGUGGAUGCUGUUUGAGCAGCACCACUGGAAAAAGGCAAGGGCAAAGAAACAGCCUUAUGAAUUCAAGUGGAAUAAGAUACCUAAAGAAGUGAGGGACUCCUAUUAUUACAACUGGCCUGUCUACUUCCCAUAG